UCCCAGCAGGAGCCAGGGAGCAGAGAGAGCGAGGGAGGGAGGAAGCGGCAGCUCGGAAGCACAAGAUGUCCCGUGAGCUGGGAGAGCUCACCCAAACCCCACUGCAGAAGAUCUGGAUCCCACAUACGAGUAAUCGAUUGCCGCAGCGGAGGGGCUCCUCCAUCCCCCAGUUCACCAAUUCCCCAACAGUGGUUAUUAUGGUGGGGUUGCCAGCCCGAGGCAAGACCUACAUCUCCACAAAGCUAACUCGAUAUCUGAAUUGGAUUGGAACCCCCACAAAAGUGUUCAAUUUAGGGCAGUAUCGCCGAAAAGCUGUGCAGUCAUAUAAGAACUACGAAUUCUUCCGCCCUGACAACAGAGAGGCUAUGACGAUAAGGAAGCAAUGUGCACUGGCAGCUCUGAAUGAUGUCCAUGAAUAUCUUAGUCAUGAAGAAGGCCAUGUAGCGGUUUUUGAUGCCACCAACACUACCAGGGAACGACGGUCACUUAUUCUUCAGUUUGCCAAGGAUCAUGGAUACAAGGUCUUCUUCAUUGAGUCCAUUUGCAAUGACCCCGAUAUCAUUGAACAGAAUAUCACACAAGUGAAGCUGACCAGCCCCGAUUAUAAAGACUGCGAUCGGGACAAAGUGGUGGAAGAUUUCCUGAAGAGAAUCGAGUGUUACCAGAUCACUUACCAGCCCCUAGAUGAUGAGCUGGACAGCAAUCUCUCUUACAUUAAAAUUUUCGACGUGGGCAACCGCUACCUUGUGAACCGGGUGCAGGAUCACAUCCAGAGCCGAACCGUGUAUUACCUCAUGAAUAUCCACAUCACACCACGCUCCAUCUAUCUUUGCCGGCACGGAGAAAGUGAACUCAACCUAAAGGGCAGGAUCGGGGGGGACUCCGGGCUCUCCUUUCGAGGCAAGCAGUAUGCGUAUGCCUUGGCCAACUUCAUCCAGUUCCAGAAUAUCGCUGCCCUGAAAGUUUGGACCAGUCACAUGAAGAGGACUAUCCAGACCGCAGAGGCCCUCCAUGUCCCCUAUGAACAGUGGAAGGCCUUAAAUGAAAUUGAUGCCGGCGUCUGUGAAGAGAUGACGUAUGAGGAGAUUCAAAAACAUUAUCCAGAGGAAUUUGCACUACGAGAUCAGGAUAAAUACCGUUAUCGUUAUCCCAAAGGAGAGUCCUAUGAGGAUCUGGUGCAGCGACUUGAACCCGUGAUUAUGGAGCUGGAGCGGCAGGAGAAUGUGUUGGUUAUUUGCCAUCAAGCUGUGAUGAGAUGCCUCUUGGCCUACUUCUUGGAUAAGAGCGCAGAGGAGCUGCCAUACCUCAAGUGUCCCCUGCACACAGUGCUGAAACUCACCCCUGUGGCUUACGGUUGCAAAGUAGAAUCAAUCUACUUAAACGUGGAAGCAGUAAACACCCAUCGGGAGAAGCCAGAAAAUGUGGACAUCACCCGAGAAACUGAAGAAGCCUUGGACACAGUUCCAGCCCAUUAUUAAGUAUACCUGGACCAAGCUGCUCUGAAAUUUCUCUUCUGCUUUUGGUUCCCCUUUUGAUGAACCGAUUACUCCCAAACAUCACCUCAGUAAGUCUCGCUCAUGGUUAAUGAGUACUGAGAAUCGUUUAGCCACCAGCAGUGUGGCUCAACUCUGCGGGAAGAAGAAACUAGGUUAUCAAUGCCAGAAAUCCUUCUCUACUCAGGACAGUGUCCUCAGGGGAGGUAAAGGGAUGACCCCCAGCAACACUGGAGAGGCUUCUGCAGGAAACAGCGGGAGUCUUUACGUAUUCAGAUACCCGGCAUGGUUCAGAUCGGUUCCUGGACCAGUGUUACCGUUAUUAAGUUUCCUCCUUCUCAAAGAUGACGACUGUAGUAAGAAUGUAGUUUUUUCAUAAUAUUUGUUAAGUGCUUACCAUGUCCUAGGCACUGUAUUACGUCCUGGGAUAGAUACAAGCUAAACAG